AUGUCUGACGUUGGCCCUCCCAUCGAGCUCCCCGUGCUGGACAUCUCCAACCCCCUCGAUCCGGAGGCGGGGAAGGCCCUUCUGGCAGCUGCCACCAAGUAUGGCUUUUUGUAUGUCGACAGCCGGGGGACCGACUUUACGACCGCGGAGGUGGAUCGUGCAUUUGAACUGUCCAAGAAAUUCUUCGCCUCCCCGGUAGAAGAAAAGGCCGCUUGUCGCAUUGAACCCAACAACCGCGGCUGGUCCGGCAUGCACUCCGAGACCCUGGACCCGGAGCACCAGCGAACCGGCGAUUUCAAAGAAGCCUUCAACUUCGGCGAAUUCACCAACAACAACAAAGCCCAACAACCCCUCCCGGCAUCCCUAAUCCCCCACGAAACCGAAAUCGCCCAAUUCGCCUCCCUCUGCAACAAAACCUGCACUCGGAUCCUAACCCUCCUGGCGCUGGGACUCGGCAUCCCCCCCACCUUCUUCACCACCCGCCACGACCCCACCACAGGCCCAACAGGCAGUAUCCUGCGCUACCUCUUCUAUCCCAGCAUAACCUCCCCAUUGACCUCAACCUACUCACACAAAACCGACGUCCGAGCUGGCGCCCACAGCGACUACGGCUCCAUCACGCUGUUGUUCCAGCGCCCGGGGCAGCCAGGAUUGGAGAUCCUCACUCCAGAUGGGGCAGGGUGGGCGCCUGUUCCUGUAAUCCCUAGGUCUUCUUCUACAAGCUUAGAAGGGAGCGAAUACCCGUUCCCGCCUAUCCUCGUCAACAUCGGCGACUUACUCAGUUACUGGACGGACGGAUUACUGAAGAGUACGGUGCACAGGGUGGUAUUCCCCGUGUCGGAGCAGCAGAGGCCCAACGCGCAGGAUCGGUAUAGUAUUGUGUAUUUCUGUCAUCCGUUGGAUCGGACGGAGUUGGUGCCCGUGCCAAGUAAUGUUGUGGAGGAGUUUAGGAGGGGUAAGAGUAAGGAGGGGGGAGAUGGGGGAGUCAGGGUUGGGUUUGGAGGUGGGGCGGGGAUGUUGGAGGAGGGGAAGAGGGCGUUGACGGCGCAGGAACAUUUGAUGGCCAGGUUGGAUGCUACGUAUGGGUUUCGGAGGGAGAAAGAAGGGGAAGCUUGA